GAACCGCGCUGUACGGGCGCCGCCCCCGGGCUCUAUAUCCGCUCAGCACCGCCCCGCACCGCUCCGCACCCCUUCCCCUUCCCAUGGCGACACCAGCAGCGGAACCAGCACCGGCCCCAGCACCCCCAGCACCGGCGGGCGAGCAGCACCGGGAGCGCAGCCCCAAUUCCCCGCGCACCGCAGCAUCCUCCCCGGCACCACCGGCACCACCACCGGCACCGAGCGGCGGCUCGGGGGAGCUGGCGGCGGCUCGGAGGCGCUUGGUGGCGGCCGAGGGGCGGCGGAGGGCGGCGGCGGAGCUGGAGGGCCGGGUGCUGCAGGUGCACUGCGCCCUGCGCCACGCCGAGCUGCGCCUGGCCGCCAGGGCCGAGACCCUGGGGCGUUUGGGGGCCGGGGUCGCUCAAGCCCAGCUGGCUUUGGCAGCUCAAGGGCAGAGGUUGCAGAAGGGGCUCCGUCGCCGCUCUCGCCUCCGUUCGGCCCCGUUGCUCGCCGCCGCCCGGGCGCUCCGCAGCUGCGUGCCCUGGGCAGCCCCCCCGCAGCCGCCGCUCCGCAGCCUGCCGCCUGCCCGCAGCCCCCCGCAGCCCCGCCUAAAGAGGGGGGCUCGGGGGGAGAUAAAAGGGGUGGGGGGCUGUAAAGGGGUUGGGGGGUGA